UUAUGCCAGAGCCUGUCAAGGUGACAUAUCCAGUCACGAUCGAGACGGUUGCUUAUGACCAAGGUAUGAUAAGCGACACACAUCGGCACUCUUUUCUUGUUACAAAUUAUUUUUGUGGCGGAAGCGUCUCGUCAGAAUUUGAAACCCUGGCCAAGGAUAAAGAUCUCAGCUAUCUACCUUUAGUUGGUGUGGCCAUGCCGAUACCAGAACCCUCCGAAAACCAGACGCCUGAUAUUAAAGGGCACGUGUUUUGUUUCCUCCCACUGCCUGUGCAAAAGACGAGCAUGACAGGUUUACCAGUACACAUCAAUGGAUUCUUUGCUUUGAGCCAGAACAGACGUUAUAUUAAGACUCCGAAUGCUGAGCAAGAGGAUUUGGCUCAAAAGGAAGGGCGGCAGCUGACUGACAAAUCCCUGUUAUGGAACCAGUGUCUUCUGGAAGAGGCCAUCCCAAGAGCGUAUGCUACGAUGCUGAUGGAAGCUAUUAAAGAGAAGAGUUAUAAUAUCCAACCAGAUGCGAUUUACAAAGCGUGGCCAAAUAUGGACGUCAUUGAUCAAAAGUGGAAAAGAGUGCAGAAUCCUUUGUUGGAGUUGCUGUGUAAUGAAAGAGUCGUUUAUUCUCCCGCCCACGGAGGUAAAUGGUUGAACGUGGAAGACGCGACGUUUGACAAACUUCCAGAGAACGAUCCUAAAGAGUUGCUUGUGCGAGUUUUUCUUGUAGCGAAUCAGAACGUCGCCACUUUGCCGGAUCACGUUUUGAGAGCCUUGGGUUUGUACGCAAACUUAAGAACCGAGAUAACGCCCUCAAUAACGCGGAGAGUGUUCAGAGAAACGCCUUCUUGCUACAGAAGCCUCAGUCGGUUAGAGAAGAUUCAGCUUCUAAAAUUUGUGCUCAAAGAUGAGCAGUUUUCAGACCUCCUCGGAUUAGAGCUGUUGCCCGUUACCAAUGGAAGCUUCAUUUCGUUUUCUAACACCGAUCAAGCUAUUUACAUCUGCUCGCCAGAGCAUCCACGUGAACUUCUUCCUGGCCUGCAGGAUCGAUUUCUGGAUCAAGACAUUGACGAUAGCCUCUUCCAAAGCUUGCAAGCAGUUUCCAAUCAAGGUACAGAUAUGAUCCGUGUUAAUUCUACUACAUCUUGGAAUUACACUCAAUAUCUAAAGUAAAUUUCUUUCAUUCAUGAAAAAGGUGGAAUUUUGAGGUAAGGACAACGACUUCAUCGGGCUAAGGGGUCCAUUUCACCAAAGUUUGUCCGAGUUUCAGUAGCACGAACCGACUGUAGGAGUAUUUUUACUUCCUCCUGGAUAGGACGAUAGAAUUUCUUCUUCCCACUGCAUCGCAG